UGACUUUUCUUUGUGAAAUCAGGGGAUUGGUAAUCCGAAUCGGAUAAGUUAACUUAUAAACCAAGAAUUCAUAAUCUAGUAUUACCUAUCGUCUUUUCCAACUUUAGAGUUGUCCCCUGUCCCCACUUGUUUAUCUUUCAAAGUCUAUUUUGAAGUGCCAUAUGAUGUUUGGGUAAUUAAAAAAAAAAAGAAAAAAAAAAGAGUACAUUUUGAAGGGUGAUUACAGAGUCCUUAAAACUCUGUUCUCCUUUUAUGAAGGAUUACUAAUACCAAAAAGUACGUUAUAUUUAAAAGAUGCAAAAAGGUGUAUUGUGUUGGAUACACUUCUGCUUUUUGCUUGAUAUAUAUAGUGUCCUUCAGAACGUGCUCCUAGCAUACUUCACUUCUCAUCUCUCAUAUUCUUUACUACAUUGUACAUCAUCUCUCCAUAUAGAAUCUUCCUUAGUAGACAUGAUUAAAGCCAAGUCUGUACUGGUUCUCUCAUUAUUAGCCGCUCUCUUGUCCCAAUACUACAAAACUUCAGCUUCUAAUGACAUUUCGCCGUCCACUUCCAAACCUUCACGCCAAAGUCCGCCACUGGGGAAAGAGGGGCAAAUAUGUUGCCCUAAAACUCUAGAUACUAACGUCCAGAUUAAAAGGAGAGCACGAAUCGUUCCUGUUACUCCAAAUACGGGUGCUCGCCCAACGCCAAGGAGAUCAUCGGCUAUUGCAAAACAUAUAUCUUCAUUUCAACUGUGUUUACCUCUAUUUUAUCUCCUUUCACUUAGUUUCUUCUUGCUCUAAGCAGCCAUGCUAGAGUAGACAUAUGGUGAAGGCCAACUUGCCGGACAACCAAAUAAAUGGAAUAAACAAAAAGAGAAGGCGAAAAAAAGGCAGUUGGUUCUAUCUUAUUAGGACGAUACAAAUGAGUUACUUUGUCUGUCAGUCUUUGUUAGCUUGAAUGGUUGUUCAUUUAUCCUCCUUUUGCUUUAGGAUAAAGCGUGGCUUAAUUUUCAAGGCAUGGAAGGAGCUGUUGAUUUUACUGUAAGUUGUAAUACAUGUUACAAGUCAAUUAACAGCUACUCUCUUGUAUGAGCAAAUGACAUUUAAUUUGUAAGAUGCUUGCCUUGCGCCUCUGCUUUUAGUCAAAUAUGCUAGUAAAUAGUAGCUAUAUUGGAAUUACUUAUGAUUUUGAAAUGUAUCUAAUUUCAGUUUUGGCACACAGAAUAAAUUUCCCUUUGGCCCACGUUUUGAACUCUUUGACCGAAAUGGAGCCAAAGAAUUACGAUUAAAAGUGAAACGAAUAGGUAUCAAAAUUAUAUAUUCUACAUUCUAUUAGAUUUGCUUAAUACAACUAAUGGCAUUUCUAGGGUAAAGAAAGGCUCAUAUAAAAAUCAUAAUUGUUGAACCAACGGUACUGGCACAUUGCCUUUCUCCCCUUGUACCUAGAAAAGUUGGCAUGAGAAGAAAAGUCAACUGUGGGUAUUAGUCUUGAGUUCUAGCCCCACUUAUGAAAAUAAUUUUGUUGAGAAUACUUUCUCUUUUAAUAGGCUUAUAUACAGAGGCGGAUCUAGAAUUUGAAGGUGUCGGGUGUCAUAAUUUUCAUCAAUGUAUAUCUUGUUAGAAACGUGUUGGGUCCGGUCCAUCUCUUUUUAGUUUAUUCGAUCAACUUAAUAGGCCUUUUUUUAUUUGCAAAUAUGAAAAUUACAUCUCAAAAAUUAAGAAACGAACAUAAAUAACAUUUUAAACAAGGAAUCACACCCAUUAACGACAAGGUAAAAUCAAGAUUUUCACCAAGAGACUUGCAUCUUUUAUGUAUAUUAAAAAAUGAACUGACACAAGUAAAAUAACAUCUUCAACAAGGGAAUUACACCAAUCAAAAUAAGAAAAAUAAUAGAAAAACUCUUCAAUAGGUAAUUACACCCCAUAAGUAAAUAAUACAAGUUCUAAAAAAUAAAUCAUAAAUUUCAUGUUUUUUCUAAGCAAUGCUUGUGAAAUUUCCAUCACAAUUUAAGUAGUAAAGUAAUUUAAAUUGAAUUUAACAAUUAUAGAAUAACACAAUUUUUUAUAAUACACUCCCUCCGUCCAUUUUAUUUGUCCACUAUACUAAAAAUAUAUAUCCACUUUUACUUGUAAGUUGUAUAGUUUGAAAAAUCAAGACAUAAUUUUCCAUUUUAUACCUAUUUUACCCUUAUUAUUAAGUACUCCAAUUCAUUUUUCAUUUUAUUUAUUACUUAUUAAGAGUGUCCCAAGUCAAAUAUAGACAAGUAAACAUGGACGUAGGGAGUAAUAAGCAAAAGAAAUUAUAAAAAAUAAAAAUAAAUUGAAUUUUGAUAUCAAUUCAAAAUUCCCAUUGAGACCCAAGUUUUUCGAUUUAAAUACUAACAUAUUUGAGAUUUUUAGAAAUGCUUAAUUUAAGGAAUUUUGAAGUUUCUAUUUGUAUGUUCUCGCUAGAGAUCAUAAACAAAAUAAUAGAAUAGAGGAAAGACAAUAUAAAUAAUAAAAAGAUAAAUAGAAAAUUGGGAGAGCCGAAAAAGGAAUUACUUGUACCACCCCGUACCUUUAACUUAAACUUUAAUCAUGAUCCUAGACUUAGAAAAUCAGAUAAAGAAUGUGAGAGUUAGAAUUUCUCUGUUCAGUUGUAAGAUAGUGGUUUACGCCCAUGAACAGUGACCGUAUUUCAGUUUACGCCCAUGAACAGUGAUCGUAAACUGAAACCAAGAAUUUCUGAACAUUCUGGAAUUUGACAUUUUGAUGUCACAUGGUUAAAAACGGACCGUAUUUCGAUUUAUGGCCCGUAUUUCAAAACGUAUUUGAAAUUUGGGAAAACUUCCUUGAUGAAAGUUGUAGAGCUUUGAAAUACCUUUCCAACGGUAUAUUAUGGGGGUCAAACGGACAUCUGUGCAAAGAGUUAUGGCCAUUUUACUGAAGAGAUGCAGUGUAGUCCGUAUUUCAGUUUACGGCCCGUAUUUCAAAAUACGGCCAGCACUGUUCAGGACGUAAACUGCAAUUUCACAGGACAGUAUAUAUUCGUCCAUAUCAGUUCAACUCAUUAUUUUUCAUUCCUUCAAACCCUAGAACGACCUCCUACUCUCCUCCAUCAUCAAGAACACCAAGGUAAGUCCACUCUAAUUAUUCCAACUCAAUUCUAGUACAUAUCCUUGUAAUCUAAACAAGAAAUCAUUCUUCCUAAUCUAGGGUUUUUCAAGAAAACCCAUCUCAAGGUUCAAGAAUCAAGAUUUAGGAAAUCUUCUCCAAAAAUUCAAGUCUUUAAUUCAAGUUUUGGAGCAAUUAAGGGGCCUGCACUUCACGGUGCAGAUACCGGUUUUCAGGAGCAUACACCUGCGCAGUAGGAUCACUUCAGUUAUCAACUUAUUGAAAAUGCCUUACAAAAGAAAGUACAAGAAGAGGAACACAACCACCAGCCAAAGGGCUACCGUGGAAGUAGCUCAUGAAGAGACCGUUCCGACUCAGGCAACAGCUCUAACCGCCCCUACCGUUACACCUCCUAGUGCUUCAGAUGGGGAUGUUAGGAGUGCUAUCAACAUGCUCACACAGCUGGUAGCAGCUCAGGCCCAACGUCAGGAAUCUGGGUCAAGUUCAGGAGGUAAUGGAGAGUCUUUUAAGACUAAGGACUUUCUUAGGAUGAAUCCCCCAGUCUUUACGGGGACAAAAAAAGAUGAGGACCUUCAGGACUACAUUGAUGCUCUCCAAAAGAUCUUCAGGAUUAUGACAGUUACAAAAAUCGAAGCAGCUACUUUUGGAGUUCAUCAACUACAGGGCAUUGCUAACACUUGGUAUGAAUCUUGGGAAUUAUCCCGAGGUGAGGAUGCACCUGAUGCUACAUGGGAUGAAUUUACAAGCGCAUUUUUGGACCAUUUCAUGCCAAUAGAAGUCAGAGAGGCUAAGGCUGAGCAAUUUCUGAAGCUUAAGCAGAAUGGCAGGUCAGUUCAGGACUACUAUUUGGAAUUUAUCAGUCUGGCUAAGCAUGCUCCACAUAUGGUACCGGAUAUGAGAGAAAAAGUGAGGAGGUUUGUUGGAGGACUUGAUCCUCAUUUGUAUGAUGGGGCCAACAUUGUUGCACAGAAUGGGGGAAUGACCAUCUCCAAGAUAGUUGCAUUCGUACAGGGUAAUGAGACAAGGCUAAAGGAGGAGGAAAGCUUGCAGAAAGAGAAAGACAAGGAGUUCAAUAAGAGAGUCAAGUCUACCGGACAGUUUAGCGGGAAUGGUAACAGGAAAUUCUUUAAGAACAGGUCAGCAGGACCUACUCCGUCCACGGCAAGUGCUUCAGUUUCCAAGUUCAGGAAAGAUAACCGUCAACAGAAUUUCAGGUCGUCAGGCUCUCAGUCUCAUGCCAGUGUGACCCAGAGUAACUUCACCAACCCGAUUUGUGCUAAGUGUGGGAAGAGGCAUCCUGGGGAGUGCCGCUCUUGUUAUAUCCCGCAUUUUUGCGUAUUUGGAUAAUUUAAGGUAAUGGCGGAAGGUCAAGAGCAAGACUAUAAUUUUGACCUUGAUUGGCAUACAAGUUGUUUAUGAAAAUUUUGAAGUGGGAAUAUUAAGAAAGGUCAAGGGCAUAAAGGAAAAUUCGCAAUAUGACUCGUGGAAUUAUGGAGGAAGACGAAGGGCAAAUUUGGAAUUUGGGAAUUAUUUUUCAUGAACAAAAAAAAAAAAAAAAGGAGAAAAGGUUGGGCUUGGAAUCAAUAAGCCACUUGGGCCAUCCAUAUGGGUGGGCUUAGGCCCAAUUAAAAGCUUAAUGGACAAGCUUUAAAAGAUGACUAAUUAAUCUUUAUUCUCAUAAUAUUUCCUAGAAACUUCAAGAAGUCUCAAGAAGAGAAGAAGGAGAAAAAAAUCUCCAAGGCCAUUUUCGGCCAAGUUCAAGAACAAAAAAAAAAAAAAAAACUUUUUUUUUCUUUCUUCAAAAAUCAUUUUCUACCAAGUGGAGGGUCCUUAACAAAGUAGAGUUGUUAUUGAAACAAGAAAAAACCCAUAAUCAUACAAGUUGCCAAUUUUAAUCAAGUGGAGAAGUGGAGAAAAAGGUAAGGUCUAACUCUUUUCUUAUAUGUUAUGGAUGAUUUUAUGUGUUGUAGCAUGUAAAAGUGGAUGAAAAUCAUGGAAGAGAAAAACCAUGUUGUGGCCGUGAGGUGUGAUAUAUGUGUGUGUGUGGAAAUCAUGUUUUAAUUAUUUUAUUUAGUGGAUAGUUGUGGUUAUAAAGAAUACUAUGUUAAUAAUGGAAGUUGGAUGAUUCUAGUGAAGUUGUAGCCAUGUGUGUAUGAUGUUGGCCGUGAGUUGUAUAUCACAUGUAUAGUCGUGUAUAUUUGGUGAAUUAUGAAGGAAUGGUGGGCAAGUUUUGAUUAGUAUGUUGGUUGUUGUGUUGUGGAUUCCAUAUUGCUAAUAAAAAGCUUAAUGAUCUUAGAGAAAUUAUGGUAGUUGGAGACUUGUGGUUGAAGUUUAUGUAAAUUGAAUAUUAUGUUCUUCCAUGUAUGGAAGAUAAUGAUAUUAGUAUGGUGUUGUUGGAAUAUAUAUUAUAAGGUUGUUAUUGCUUUUAUUGGAGUUGGAAGGUUUUGAAAGAAGUAGUAAAUUGAUUAAGUUGUUAUAAUGUAUCUUGGAUUGAAUAUGGAAAUUGUUAGUGUGGUUGUUGAAAUUAUGUUGAUAGUUUGGCCGGGUUGAAUUCCCGGGAUUGUUGUUGAUUGGAAUUGGCCAAGUUGAACUUGGUGGGAUGGAGUAUUUACAGGGGAAGUGCUGCCGAAAUUUCGGUAGCCAAGUAAUAUCUUAAGAUUCCAAUUCUAAAUGCUCUAACCAAAGUUUGGUAAAUGUGACCAAUUUGUAGAUUUCGGCGGAUUUGCAACUUGAAUUUGGAAUAGCAUAAGGAGCGGAAAGAGGUAUGUAAGGCUUCACCCUUCCUUCUAUGGCAUGUCUUAGGCAUACUAGGUUGGAUACGAGCCUCGGGGACAACUCCAUUCCCCGGAAUCCGCACCUAAAGUUUCCCCUUUUUCAUUCAGUAGAAUUGAAUUAGAAAUUGUGUAAAAUGUUGGAAAACCUUCCUAAACAUCUAGAACUUGCAUAAAUAUGACCCGACUACCUCAAGACCCCCACAAGUGACGUCAUGAAAUAUAAUGUGCGUAAAUUUGGUACGCCACCUCAUUUGACCCGAGGUGGGCCCAUUGUUCCCGGAUAUGCCCUAUUGCUCCGUUUGACUUAUUUUGGAGGAGAAUCCAAAGGAAACUUUUGAUCCUUGUUCCGAUUAUCAAACGAUAAGUACUGCACGAUUCUAAUGGAAAUAUGUAUAUGACGACCAUGAUAACGAUGAUGCUAAGGAAGAGAAUACGUCUAUGAUAAGUAUGACAAGAAUGAUUCUAUGACUAAGAGUCUUAAGCUAAGGACCCAAUAUGAAUAUGAAUAUGAAUAUGAAAGUAUCAAACUAGUUCUUGAUUUUAAUUCUAUUCCUUAGGUAUGAUACCAUCCUCUAAAGGUUCCGAAGCAGAUGAAUUGAUUUCUAUGACAUCCAUGAUUUCAUUCUAUGUUUCUUUUAACACUAUUCUCCAUUGGUAGUCUCGCCUUAAAAUACUCGUUCCUUCAAGGUGAGACAAAGCAAUCACGAUUGUUCCAUAACGUAAUCGGAGGUCACCGACCUUACGUCAAUCCGAUGGCUAUAUGAUUUUCUUUGGGCCCUCCUGCAUACUUAUAUGACAUAUGUAUAUGCGAUAUGAAUGUGUACAUGGGGUGGGGGAAAGGAUACAUGGGGAAUGGGAAGGGAAACAUGUUUCAUUGCCACCUGGUCAGCUGGCUUAUCAUCCUGGACGCGGGAUGCCCGGACGCGGGAUAUAUGGGCGAGCCGAUGUAUUUCGGUGCUAUGUGGGCGAGCCGACAUUGUUCGGUGCUAUGAUAUUACAUGAUAUACUAUGAUAUGCUAUGACAUGAUACGAUGUGAAAUAAGCUCUAUUUUCUAUGAAUAUGAAAAAGAAAUGUUUCCAAAAGACGGACAGGCAUGCAUGGUAUCCGGCCUGAAAAAAAAACAUUCCGAUGUACAGGUUACUUUCUCGUCUCAUUAUUUGUCCUAUGACCCUAUGAUAUUGAUAAUCAUACUCUAUGUUUCUGUUGUAUUAUCUUCCAUGCUUUACAUACUCGGUACACUAUUUGUACUGACGUCCCUUCUUGUGGACGCUGCGUUUCAUGCCGCGCAGGUCAGCAGGUAGACGGACCUGAUUCCUAGGAGUUCUAUCAGCAGUAAGUGGCAGCGCUCCAGUUGUCCCGGAGCCUCAGUCCCUUGGUACUAUUUUGUGUAUAUAUUCGGGCACGGCAGUACUCGGCCCUUCAUAUGUAUAUGUGUACUAUGUUUAGAGGCUCGUAGAUAGAUAUGUACAGUUAGAUGUUUUGUACUUUUAAUGGUCCUCGUUGUUGUAUAAAGUGCUAACCGAGUUUGUUAGCCUAUGUUUAUAACAUGCUACUAGUGUUAAUGGUAAGUAAAACAAAAAAAAAUAUGGUGCAGUUCAUACGACCCACUUAGUAAUAAGAAUAUGAUAUGAGAUAGGGGUGCUCGGUACAAGUAUCGGGUACCCGUCGCGGCCCUAGUUGGGUCGUGACAGCUCUGGAUCGAAUAUUUGCUAUGGGUGUGGCCAGCCGGGCCAUAUUCAACGCAAUUGCCCUUCAAUCAGACAGGGCACAGGAGGUAAUCGGACUCAGUCAGUAAAUUCAUCAAUUCCUCAUAAUAACCAGACUCAGGCAGGACGUGUACCAGCUAGAUCCGGUAACACAAGCGGUGGCCCAAAUCGUUUGUAUGCUUUGACCGAGCGCCAGGAUAUCGAUGCCCGUACUGAUGUUGUCACAGGUAUACUCACCGUUUUCAGUUUCGAUGUUUACGCUCUCAUGGACCCUGGAUCCACCCUAUCCUAUGUCACCCCUUAUGUUGCUAGGAAAUUUGGUAUUGAACCUGAAAAGCUAAAAGAACCUUUUGAAGUGUCAACUCCAGUUGGUGAGUCAGUCAUAGACCGACAUGUCUAUAAGGGCUGUCCAGUCAGAGUCUAUCACCAUGUUGUUCCAGCUGACCUAUGUGAGUUAGAAAUGGUAGAUUUUGAUGUAAUCAUGGGCAUGGACUGGUUAUAUUCAUGUUAUGCGUCAGUUGACUGUAGAACCAAAACUGUAAAUUUCAAGUUUCCUAAUGAGCCAGUCUUAGAGUGGAAGGGUAAUUCAGUGAGUCCUAAGGGCAGGUUUAUUUCUUACCUCAAGGCAAGAAAAAUGAUGUCUAAGGGCUAUAUCUAUCAUCUCGUUCGGGUUAGGGAUUCAGCUUCCCAGACCCCAACUCUUCAGACAGUCUCUGUUGUUAAUGAGUUUCCAGAAGUCUUUCCCGAAGAUCUCCCAGGAGUCCCUCCUGACAGGGAGAUUGAAUUUGGAAUUGAUCUACUUCCCGAUACUCAGCCAAUAUCUAUUCCGCCAUACAGAAUGGCUCCAGCUGAGUUAAAAUAGUUAAAAUCCAGUUGAAAGAUCUUCUUGAUAAGGGGUUUAUUAGGCCCAGUGUUUCGCCUUGGGGUGCGCCAGUCUUAUUUGUCCGAAAGAAGGAUGGUUCCUUACGUAUGUGUACAGACUACCGUCAGCUGAACAAGGUCACCAUUAAGAACAGGUACCCUAUUCCUAGAAUAGAUGACUUAUUUGAACAACUACAGGGUGCCCAAUGUUAUUCCAAGAAUGGCCUCAGAUCAGGCUAUCAUCAGUUGAAGGUUAAGGAAGUUGAUAUUCCGAAGACAGCUUUCAGAACCCGUUAUGGCCAUUUUGAAUUUCUUGUUAUGUCAUUUGGGUUGACAAAUGCGCCAGCUUCUUUCAUGGAUCUUAUGAACAGGGUCUUCAAGCCUUAUCUCGACUUAUUCGUCAUUGUCUUCAUUGAUGAUAUUUUGGUGUAUUCCCGUAAUGAGGCCGAUCAUGCAGAACAUCUCAGAAUAGUGUUGCAGACUCUUAAAGAUCACGAGCCUUUUGCAAAAUUCUCAAAGUGUGAGUUUUGGCUUAAAUCAGUGGCAUUCUUAGGCCAUGUGAUCUCAGGUGAAGGUGUUAAAGUUGAUUCUCAGAAAAUUGAUGCCGUAAGGAGUUGGCCCAGACCCACCUCAGUUUCUGAUAUAAGAAGUUUCUUGGGUCUGGCAGGCUAUUAUCGACGCUUCGUAGAAGGAUUUUAUUCUAUCUCUGCUCCAUUGACUAAGUUGACUCAGAAGAAAGUUAAGUUCCAAUGGUCAGAUGCUUGUGAGCGAAGCUUUGAAGAGUUGAAGAAGAGAUUGACUUCUGAUCCAGUUUUGAUGCUGCCAGAGGGAACUGAAGGGUUCGUGGUUUAUUGUGAUGCUUCAGGAGUUGGUCUCGGAUGUGUCUUGAUGCAGCAUGGUAAGGUUGUAGCUUAUGCAUCUCAUCAGCUCAAGGUUCACGAAAAGAAUUAUCCGACUCAUGACCUAGAGUUGGCAGCUGUAGUUUUUGCACUUAAGAUAUGGCGUCAUUAUUUGUAUGGAGCGCAUGUUGAUAUUUUCACAGAUCAUAAAAGCCUGCAGUAUAUCUUCAAGCAAAGGGAGCUGAAUCUUAGGCAAAAGAGAUGGCUAGAAUUGCUUAAGGAUUACGAUGUGGAUAUUCUUUAUCAUCUGGGGAAAGCGAAUGUUGUAGCUGAUACUCUUAGUCGACGUGCUAUGGGAAGUUUAUCCCUCGUGGACGUGGAUAAGAGAGUUAUGACAAAGGAAGUUCACCGUUUGGCCAAUCUUGGAGUUCGACUUUUGAACUCCGAGGAUGGUAGUGUGGUUGUUCAGAAUAGGGCUCUUUCCUCUUUAGUCAUGGAAGUCAAGGAGAAACAGUUUAAUGAUCCCUACUUGUUGUAGCUGAAAGAGGGGAUUCACAAGCAUAAGACGACGGCUUUCGAACAAGGGGGAGAUGAUGGUACCUUGAGGUACCGAGGUAGAUUGUGUGUUCCAAAUGUAGAUGGGCUCAGAGAGCGAAUCAUGUCAGAAGCUCACAAUUCCAGGUAUUCCAUUCACCCAAGUUCCACUAAGAUGUAUCAUGAUCUUAAGGAGAUUUACUGGUGGAACGAUAUGAAGAAGAAUGUGGCAGAUUUUGUAGCUAAGUGCCCGAAUUGUCAGCAAGUGAAAGCCGAACACCAGAGGCCUGGUGGCUUGGCUCAGAAUAUUGAUAUUCCUGUCUGGAAAUGGGAAAUGAUCAAUAUGGAUUUUGUAUCAGGUCUACCUCGCUCAGCCAGGAGACAUGACUCUAUUUGGGUGAUUGUUGACAGGCUUACUAAGUCGGCGCACUUUUUGCCAGUCAAGACCACAGAUUCAGCAGAAGAUUAUGCCAAGCUGUAUGUUAAUGAGAUUGUCAGAUUGCAGGGGACACUAGUGUCCAUUAUUUCAGAUCGUGGUGCUUAGUUUACAGCGAACUUCUGGAAAUCCUUUAAAAAAGGAUUGGGUACCAAGGUGAACCUUAGCACAGCUUUUCAUCCGCAGACAGAUGGCCAAGCAGAGCAUACUAUUCAGACUCUAGAGGACAUGUUGAGAGCAUGCGUCUUGGACUUCAAAGGUAAUUGGGAUGAUCACUUGCCUCUUAUCGAGUUUUCCUAUAAUUACAGUUACCAUGCUAGCAUUUGAAUGGCACCGUUUGAAGUUCUGUAUGGGCGAAGGUGUAGAUCACCAAUUGGUUGGUUCGAAGUUGGUGAAGCAGAGUUGUUAGGACCAGAUUUGGUUUAUCAGGCUAUGGAGAAAGUCAAGUUAAUACAGGAGCGUUUGAAAACGGCUCAGAGUCGCCAGAAGUCUUAUACAGAUGUGAGACGAAGGGAUUUAGAAUUUUCAGUUGAUGAUUGGGUGUUCCUUAAAGUCUCACCUAUGAAGGGUGUCAUGAGAUUUGGCAAGAAAGGGAAACUCAGUCCCAGAUAUAUUGGACCUUACAGAAUUCUACGAAAGGUUGGUCUAGUAGCUUAUGAACUGGAGUUGCCAUAAGAUUUGGCUGCUGUACAUCCCGUGUUUCAUGUGUCCAUGUUGAGGAAGUGUGUAGGAGACCCGUUGUUGACACCCAAUUUUGUCCCGCAUCUCCUCCGAAAUACCUAUUUAUACUUCUGGUAUUUCGAGAAAUUAAAAAUAUGCAUUUUAAGUUUUACUAUAAUUAUUAGUCUUUUAUUAACACCCACAUUUUAUUUAUUCUUCUGCAGUUUAUUAUUAUCAUUAUUAUUAUUAUUGUUAUUAUUAUUAUUAUUAUUAUUCUUAAAUUAUCAUUUUUUGUCGUUAAUUAUUAUUUCUUGUUAUUUCCAUUAUCAUUAUCAUUAUCAUUAUUAUUAUUAUUAUUGUUAUUUAGCAGUAUUACUACCGCUAUUUAUUUGCUACUAUUAUUUAGUAUUAUUGAAACUUGCAUUUCUCGACGUUCUACCAACUUCCGCAUACACAUCGCAUUUAUUUCGCACAUUUAAAUGAUAGCGUUUUUAUUGCGCGGUCAUUGCAACAUGAUAUAACUUUAUUAUCCGGGUCUUUUACAAUUACACAUUUUUCGUACCAGGUGAUAUUCUGGCACCCUUAGUACAUCGUUAAUCAAAAUGUGUCUCUUAUUCAAAUUUAGAAGCCAAACUAUUUCUUGCACUCAGUCCGUAUUUUGACUUACCGGACCCCAAAUCAAAGUUCGAUUAAUUCCUAAUACUUUUGGACUACACCAUAUUUUUAUCUCAAUUUUUUAGAUCAGUCCAUGUUUAAUUUACUAGUCCAUUCUUUUAAACACCCAGUCUAAAAUUUGACCCGGUUCACAAAUGGACCGGGUCCAAUUCAUUUUCAGCAAAAUAAGGGAAACCCUUUUAGGGUUUCCCCUUCAUUUUCCCCUCAUUCCUCCUCCGCCGCUCACCCUUUCCUCUUCUUCUUUCUGUCUCCUCAUCUCUCUUUCUUCCUUUUCCCCCUUUCCUCCACCUCAUCUCCCUCGUCUCACUCACCACUACUGCCGCUCCUCUUCCCAUUUCCCCACACACGCUCCCCUCCACUCACCCGACAUCACUCCUCUCUUUCCUCUUCCUCUCUCUCUCCUCACUCUAUAAAGGAAAGGAUUACUCAGUGUUGAAGGGGACCGAAAAAAAAAGUAUCUUCCACACAUGAUUUUUACUUUUCCCGGUGAACUAUAGCCGGGGAUUACUCAACGUUUUUUCAGAGAAAUUUUUGGGAAAUCAGUAGCUUACAUUAAAUUUUCAUACCAUUUGACAAAUCCUUAUCUGUUCUUAAACAUUUUCUCACACGAGAAAACUUUCGGGUCCUAGUAUCGUUCUGUUUUCGAGGGUAGAUCGAAGAUCGAAGCCCCACUUCGCUGCACUCGAAAAAGGUGAAUAACUCCCUUUCAGUUGUUUUAGUUUCAGUCUAGUAAUUUGACGAGUGUUUGUGUGUCCAUACAUGUUCGUUGUCGCAGUUGGUUUAUUUUCAGUUCAGUAGCAUGGUAGUCUUAUGUGUGUUCUUAUUUAGUUAGUUUAGUUUUGGUUUAGUAGUUAGGAUAUUUAGAGGUACAUGUUUUAUUCGGGUUUAAUUUCCAGUUUAGUAGCUUAAUAGAUUGGUGUUCUUUCUUUAUUUGUUUAAAGAAUAUUUAUGACUUGUAGAAAUAUGUUUUGUAUGUAACAUGUUGUCAGCAUUUUAUAAGGAAACUGCUUCACCAAUAAUGUAUAAUAUACGCUAUUUUGCUGAACACGUUGGAGUGUAAUAAAAGAGACCAUGUCCUUUAGGAUUCUCAAACGAUGCGUUAUUUGAACAAAAGUAAUUUUCCCCCUCCUCCCUUGCUGUUCAGCCCUAUUUGGAUGUAGUGUUUUGCAUUUCCUGCAUGUUUCCAGUUUUGUACUAUCUGGGCAGUUUCAAUUAUUUUUAGUUUUGUUUGCUACUUGUUUAAAGCUCAACAUGGUUUGGUUGACUUGAUUUGAUUUUAUGAGCAUCUUAGUAUUACGCAGUUUUGGUAUGCGAAUUGAGAAAUACGAAUCAUGUACGACUUUUAGUAUUCUCUUCCAUCUGUCCAUUAGAGUCUAGUUAUCAGUUUGGGGCUAACUAUUUCAUUAUAAGUGAAUCAGGUUACUAGUUUAGUAAUUUUCCUCUUCUUUCCAUUUUUUUCAAUUCUACAUUUCUAUACUUGCUUUAGCAUGUUUAACAUUGGGAUUCCUGUUUGUUUGGAUUCAAUUGUAGUUAGCAAAGCUGUUGUCAUGGUUGUUUAUGCAAUUACUAGUGUUGCUUAAUUAUUUGACCUUAGAAACCUUGAUCUGCACUUUGGAAUAACAGAGGUCAUGGAUCAGUAGGACCAAAGUUAAGUAGGUCCGAAGUUAACUGAUUGCCUGUUUGAUUGAUCAUUGAGAAAAGAAAAAAAAUAUGCUUUGUUGAGUUAUAAUGUAUCCUUGUUUCUCUUUAAGGAUGUGGGAAACCAUGUUGGUAGAGCUCACUGUAUGGUUAACUUUAGCACUGUCCCCUCCCAUCUUAAAUUCAACUUGUGUUUCAAAUUCAUUCCAGGCAAUGGAUAGGUUCGAUCAUUAGUUUAGUAAUUUUCCUUUUGGUUUAACGUUCUAUGGAGUUCUUCCCAUUUUCAAGUUUAUGUGGCUUAGAUUUGGUUUCAGUCCAGUCUGAAAUAAGAAAUGUUAGUCUCUCUAAUUCGUUAAAUGCUUAAACUAGGAGUAGAGAACUGCAUUUCCUAGCGUGUUGGUGCAGAAUCAGUUCAAAAAUAGAAGGCAAUUGUUAACUUGUACUCAGAUUUCAAAAUAAUAGCUUUGGUCUUCUCUAGAUUUCCCCCUUUUUCAAGUCAAUAACCCCUUUUGUAGAUCUGCUUUUAGUUUCUAAAAUUAGUUCUUUCUCAUGCAUGUUAAAUGUUUUAAAACUAAAAGCUAUUUUAGAAUGGUUACUAAAAAGUGUUAUUUCUGUUCUCAAAAGAAAUGGCUAUGUUGAACCAGAGAUGUUCAGUUUUGACCUUAACGAGAUUUUACUUCAAAUCUCACUCCCAACCCCCCCUUUUUUUUUUUUUGAAAUCUGAGCUUUGAAUCUUUCACGUAUUUGUCUUCAAACUCAAUAAAGUAUUUUCAAAUAGUUUCCGUUCUAUCUAACAUUGUUUCUUCACAUUUCAUGGGUAGUUCAUGAUUUUCCCAUAAUGAAUUUGCUACAAGAAACUUAUUAUCGUUGAUUGCUACAUGGAUUGAGUGGUAUACAUGUAUGAAGUAUUGUUGAUUGUAGUCCAGCCUAUUUACUUAAUUGUAUGGUACAAAAUAUGCGAGAUAUGUCAUUUUGUUUGAGUUGAUUACCUCUCACGAUUUAAGGAUCUUUCAAUAGCUACAACAUUGAUUUAUGGUAUGGCUUAAGCCAUCGUUACUAAUCCUUUUCUUUUCUUUUUCUAUUGCAUGACACACCGGAGUCGAAGAGUCUUACUUUAAGACUCGGCGUCACCCCGCAAAGGCUGGAACGUGUAUUUACUCAUUCAUUCAGCUCUCGUUCUCUCAUCUCCAUCCAAACAGAAAAUAAAGAGGGGUUAGCCAAACGGCGGAUCACUGAAAACUUUACUCUCUUAUGGUAGCCAAAUGUGGCUUUAGUCAUCUUAUUUUCAAUUUUUUUUAUGCUUGUUAUGUGUUUGGUGUGACUGAUAUUUUAUCUAGCUGUGUGAUUGUGAUAAAUAUUUAAGUGCUUAUUAUUAACCGAGCCUAUUUUAUAUUAGGAUAUCUUAAUUAACAAAUGUAGUUCUUAAACUAAAUAAGUUUAAUUGUUCCUCAUAAGUUUGGCAUUUUAGAAAGAAAGAUACACUUCUAAAGCAUCAUAAAAUUUUACACACUACCGUUAGUUUGUUUCGAGAAAUAAUAAUAAAAAAAAAACGAACUGGUUUUCAUAGGUAACUGUUUCACUUUAGUUCCUUUCCCACACUUGAAAUACAUAUUUGUUUGAAACAACCUUUGUACAAUAUACAUACAUUAAACUAAUAGAACCUUUAAAAUUUAUUUAACAAUAAUGUUACAAAUACUCUUUUUAAUUUGUGAGUCGGCACAAUUCACUUUUCUUCAAAUACAUAUAAACAUUACAUGUUCUGCUUCUUUUAGUUUAUUUUUUUAACUAAACUCUUUUAUACAACUAUUAUUUUCUACAAGUUUUACUUUAAAUAAUUUUAGCAAUACUUACAAGGUAUUUUCUUAAAUAUUUACAUCUACAUUUUAGCCUUAAUUAAAUAACAUAAGUCCGGUCGGUUAAUCAUUGUUAAUGGGUCUUAAAGGAUGCCUAAUACCUUCCCUUUAGACUAAUUGAACCCUUACCUAGAAUCAUUUGGUUUCGCAGACUUUUAAAACAGAGUUAACUUUAAAAUAAUUUUAAUAACCUUUAGGUGUCCUAAUUCACCAUAAAUAAUUAGGUGGCGACUCCUUAAUAAAACAACAAAAAACAGGAAUCACCAAUAUGUCGUACCUCUAAUUUAACCUCCGGGGUUAAAAAUGGGGUGUGACAGCUUGGCGACUCUGCUGGGGAAUCACUUAGGUUCUAACCAUAACGGACUUAGUUUAAAUAGGCUUUGUGUGCUUAUUUGAAAUUACUUUUUCAUUUGUUAACUGUUUUUACAUGGUAUUAAUUGUUUGCUUGAUAUAAACUGUUUGUUUGAUAUAAACUGUUUAUGUGUUACUGCUUUGAUAAAACUGUCAUUCCGUUCAUAUUUCCUCCACUUCUGGAAAACUCACACAUAUUCACACACUUAAAACGGUUUCGCGGUUCGCGCCCGUUCACUAUCAAAUUACCUUUUAGUUGGAUCGAUCUUGUGGAUUUAGUCGAUCGGCGGUGCAGUCGACGGCCACAGACUUUCCACUCCCAAGUUGUCCGCUUGGGGGAACCUUGUGUCAUAGGAAAACAACUCUUAGUCAGCCUAAGAUAGAGCUAAACCAACACCCUUUAUUAAGAACAUACAUUUCAUAUCCUAGGAGAUUUAAUACCCUUGGUGUAUUAAAUCCAUUAGAUGACUUUACCCAAACGUCCAAGCGGGUUCACGACCCCGAGUGACACCAAUCAUACUCUAUGUGCAUGUUUGAAGGAUAAUCGUGCCUAAAUAUUGACUAUUUGCUCUAAUUAAUUAAACUUUAGGAAGGAGGGGAUGACUAACGUUUCUAUGACAGGUAUGGAUUUGCAUUGGAGUACAGCAAAUGACGAAGAUCAAGGACAUAAAAAACGGAGCUAGAAGUUAGACAUAGGAAAUUGUAUUUACUUUACUUAGAUUAGGAAACACUUCAUGUUGUAUUCAUUUGAUAUGUAAUAAAUGUUACACAAUUUUUUGUACUUUAUUUUGGGGAAAUAGAAUCUGUUUAAUUAAUCAAA